AGAUAAUGCUGUGAGGAGCUGCUCUCGCUGCUCCUGCUGCUCCCACGAUGCACUGCUUAUAGCAGCUGUCAAAGAUACUGAGGGAUCCACGGGGGGAAAAAAUUUUACAACUGCCUGGAAGAAAGGGGUGUAAGGGAGGAAACAUUUCUGUGCAGAGCUGACCAAAGGAAGAAGUAGGCAUCAACACAGCAUGAAUGCUUACCUCACCAAGCAACCCAGCUGCAGCCGGGGGUCUGAUGGGAUGGAUGCCGGCAGGGGUGCACCCGCCCUCAUCAGGGAUGCUCACUGUGCCUGUGGCUGGCAGAGAAGCCCUCAAGGGCUCGGGUACAGUUCUCAGACCAUGCCGUCCUCAGGAUCUGGGGGGCCAGCUUCAAACAGGACCAAGCUGGUCACCUUGUGGGACAGUGUGCGGAAAAGCCCCCACAAGAUGAGCACCAAGGGCAGAGGGACUUGUGGGGACCGUUGUGUCUGCCCACAUGGUUGGUUCAGCCCUGCACAGGCCAGCCCUGCUCCUAUAAUUGUCAACACAGACACUUUGGACACCAUUCCUUAUGUUAAUGGAACAGAAAUCGAAUAUGAGUUUGAAGAGAUUACACUGGAGAGGGGCAAUUCUGGCCUGGGAUUCAGUAUUGCUGGAGGAACAGAUAAUCCUCACAUUGGAGAUGAUCCUGGCAUAUUUAUUACAAAGAUUAUACCAGGAGGUGCUGCAGCAGAGGAUGGCCGACUCAGGGUCAAUGACUGUAUCCUGCGGGUGAAUGAGGUUGAUGUCUCAGAGGUUUCCCACAGUAAAGCAGUGGAAGCCCUCAAAGAAGCGGGGUCCAUCGUUCGGCUGUAUGUGCGUAGAAGGCGACCCAUUUUGGAGACUGUUGUGGAAAUCAAGCUAUUCAAAGGACCUAAAGGUUUAGGCUUCAGUAUUGCUGGAGGGGUGGGGAACCAGCACAUUCCUGGAGACAACAGCAUUUAUGUAACGAAAAUUAUAGAUGGUGGAGCUGCACAAAAGGAUGGAAGGUUGCAAGUAGGAGACAGACUACUAAUGGUAAACAACUACAGUUUAGAAGAAGUAACACAUGAAGAGGCGGUAGCAAUAUUGAAGAACACAUCUGAUGUAGUUUAUCUAAAAGUUGGCAAACCCACCACCAUUUAUAUGACUGAUCCUUACGGUCCACCUGAUAUUACUCACUCUUACUCUCCACCAAUGGAAAACCACCUACUAUCUGGCAACAAUGGCACUUUAGAAUACAAAACCUCCCUGCCGCCCAUCUCUCCAGGAAGGUACUCGCCAAUCCCAAAGCACAUGCUGGUUGAAGAUGACUACACCAGGCCUCCGGAACCUGUUUACAGCACUGUGAACAAACUGUGUGAUAAGCCUGCUUCUCCCAGGCACUAUUCCCCUGUUGAGUGUGACAAAAGCUUCCUUCUCUCAGCUCCCUACCCCCACUACCACCUAGGCCUGCUCCCUGACUCUGAGAUGACCAGUCAUUCCCAACACAGCACUGCAACCCGUCAGCCUUCAGUGACUCUCCAACGGGCCAUCUCCCUGGAAGGGGAGCCCCGCAAGGUGGUCCUGCACAAAGGCUCCACUGGCCUAGGCUUCAACAUUGUGGGUGGGGAAGACGGAGAAGGUAUUUUUGUUUCCUUCAUUCUGGCCGGUGGGCCAGCAGACCUGAGUGGAGAGCUCCAGAGAGGAGACCAGAUCCUAUCUGUGAACGGUAUUGACCUCCGUGGAGCAUCUCAUGAACAGGCAGCUGCUGCACUAAAGGGGGCUGGACAGACCGUGACAAUUAUAGCACAAUAUCAGCCUGAAGGUCAGUCAGAACCCAAACGUAUGAUGUUCUGAUGCGUCUCUUUGGGAAUGUGUAUCUGCCUUACCUUUCUAAACCAUAGUCCUAUCGAUAAUGUGUUAAAAAACUAUUUAGAGUGAGAAGUUCAUGAGAACAUGAGAUUUUGUUGCCUCUAAUCUUCUGGGAAAAGAUUAAGCAGUUAGAAAUUCCUGCAUGAAAAUAUGAAUACAAAUAAACAAAAAUAAUCAU